AUGAACAGGAAGGAGGAGCGAUAUGAGGAUGAGAAGGAGAGGACAGGUGUCGCACUUCUUUGGUGCUGCCAAAGGCACGGUGGCGUCUGUUGGGCCGCUUCUACGGCGCAUGCGUCGGGGUCGGACCGCACCACGAAUUCCGGUGACGUGGUUGGAACGAGUAGUUCCGGGUCGUGCCAGAACGGGGAGGUGUCGGAUUGCGUCAGCAAGCUGGACCUGCUGUCUCAAAACAAGAGCCUCGCCUUCGCGACCACCGAAGCCGAGCUGAAACGCAUCUGCUCCCACCUGACCAGUGCCUUGGACUGCGUGAAUGAUUUCACGCGGCGCUGCUUCAACGAGAAGCAGCGGGAAAUCUACAAGAGACUCACCAGCGGCGCAGCUCAGCUCAUCGAAGACUUCUGCAGGGAAGGAUCUCCAUUCAGGCUGACCUAUCUGAAACACUCCAAAUGCUACAAGGAGCUGCAAGACGACUACAACAAGUGUGCGUCGAUCUACGUGGCUCAGCGAACGGAACUCCAAGGACAGACGCUCAGCCCCCAGGACAAGAUACGCAAUUCGUGUUGUCAAAUGGACGGCUACAAGCAGUGCGCCAAAGCAGCUGUACUUCUGCACUGCGAUGUGGAAGCAGCAGAGCUCGCUGAAGACAUCAUCGUCAAGGCUGGUGGCUACCUCGUGACCACGCACUGUUCUGGAUACCGCAUAGAUGAGCCCAGCUGCAGCGGCUGUUCCGCACGUGUAGCCAUUGCGCUCCCUGCCACUGUGACACUGAUGACCUGGCUGCACAUAUUCCAAAGAACACUUUGAGUGCCAUUCUUACGUCAUCGGUGAACCAUUCAGCCUGGAAGCUCCUGCCAUGUUACGUUACGGCUGCGUUCAAAUAUGGAAGAAUGGCACCUGGAGUGCAUUCCUACCCUCAGCCGAGCUGCACACCGAGUGCUUGUAUUUUAUUUUCGUUUCGUCAUAGUUGACCGCAAGAAUCGAAGCUGGGGCUGCAGGGACCAGCACUGGAUGGACGAGGGCUUGUUUCAUUGGCUACUCUGUAACUCUCUGCUAGCUUGCUCAGUGUGAGCUUGCGCGAGUUGUGUUUGUGAUAACUGCAUCAUUGAAGUGCGUACGAGUGAGGACGCAAGCGAGUACGCCGUGUUCUCUGUGGCCUCGAGAAGCAGUCGUUGCUAACGUCGGAAGCAUUCACAUCACGUUUGCCUCUGAGGCCACAUUCCAGCCAAGUCUGACGUGCUGCCACAGUGAUAGAAAUUGUAGGCAACUAACGAAGCAUCCACCUAAGCUAUCGCUUUUUGUAGAGGCGUCGGUUUUAUUGCCUCUUUGUAUGCUUCUAAGAGUAUAUUCAUUGCCACAAAUAGAAGUCACGUCCUGCCAACCGAAGGUGUUGACUUAACGGGCAGGCGCAAGAAGAAUCAAAAGUGCAGUCCACCAUAGAACCUAAAAAGACUACGCUAUUUUAAUUGAUUUCAAGUUGCCAUGCCGGAGACCAUAAGCUCAUGCUAUUUUCAGAGCGCUGUGUGUCGCAAGCAAGACAGGGAAAAAAAAAAACAAACUCGAGCUGCCUCCAGCGUAGGUGUAAACUUUCCGAGCACCCGCACCCAAGCUUUUACAUUCCUGCGUGAGACGGCUUCGACAGACGAACUGCGAUGAACCAUUAAAGACUUCCAACUCCAAUGAACAAAACUCCUUUUCUCAAGCACAGAAUACCGGAUCCUUAGUUUGCCCUGCUACGUUUAAAUUGAAGUAUAUCAGCUUUAAGACAUCAGGUUGUCUAUAAAAGGAGGAUGGAAGGAAAAUAAUUACUAACAACAUAUGAGCGAAAAGAAGACGAUAAAUGAAAGGCCUAUUACGAACUAAUAGCAGUAUCACACGCUUACUUUUGAUCGCGAUCGCGCCUGAUCUGGAUCGAAUUUCUUGAUUGUGAUUGGCUCCUUAAAGCCAAGCCGCGGAAGGGAGCCAAUCACUGUUGAGAGAUGUUAUCCCGAUCGGGCUUAAUCGCGAUCAGCAACGCACCGUGCGACACCGGUAUAACUCAUCGUGCGUCCAUUCUAGGGGCGUUCAAAAGCUUGUUUGAAGACUAUAGGCCACGCCAUGAUUAGCUGGAUAACGCAAGGCUGAGCAGCGCGUCAAAUUGUCAUUAAAGAUCAUGAUCAUUCGGAAUGAGUUUCCAGCAUGAGUUAAUGUGCGCUCAAACCAUGAACUGAAAGCUGCGAUACCUCAGUGAUUUACACGUUUUUUAGUCAUUAAGAAACGCACGUUUUUUUUCUAGAUCAGCUACCAUUUCGUCCAAUACCACCAGCUCUCGAGAGAACGCUGACCUUGGUACCCAGCCGCUAGUGCCAAUAGUGCUGAUAACAAUGUUGUCGGCUUUCUGUGUUGUGUGACGCGAUAGACUGAAGCGAUGCAGUUCCCGCUGAACCAACGCACUGCAAGUGAAAGGAACGUCUUCGUCGCGACAAGCACCGGAACAAGUGCGCGGCUCCAGCAGUGAAGUGUUUGAUGACAAUGCGCUUGUGUUCUUUGGAACGCCGGUGGCUACUUCGUGGUGCGUCGAAUUUGCUUCGAAGACACACUUCGAAACGUUGCGAAUUUGUACGGCAUCGAAGCUACAAGAUACCAGCACUUUCUCCAUUGCGUACUAAGGGGCGCUGUGAGGACAACGUGAUGGUGCAUUUCUAGUGUAUUUUCCGGAGGCACUCUACAGUGCCCUCUUUGGCCGUUGCGUUUAGUUAUUUGAAUGCUGGCGUUAAAGUGGUUCAGUAGGGUUGACUGUUAGUCCAGCAGGUCUUGCAUUAUCUUAGUGUUAAUUUUGCGCAAGUUAAACAGGCACAAAAGAAGGAGGGGCACAGAAACAGGAGCUACUAACACCUGUUUAUUGCCACAACGCCUUUGUUGCGCAUGCGCAGUGACACAAUACCAAAACACCAUAAAGACACCAUAUGGCAAUGAACAAUUGUUCGUUGCGACCACUUUCUUCUGCUUUGUUCUUUUGUGCCAGUUUAAUUUGCGUUGUAUACGUAUAAUGAUAAUUCAAGUGGCACAGAUGUCCUCUAAAACAAAUUCGAUUUUACUCAUUGUGGUGAGUCUUGACUUGCCCCAUAUAUAACUCUCUUUAAAGAUAAACGUUAACUCUCUUUCGGAGAUCAUUAAACUCCCUUCGGAGAGUCGUGGGAGGCACGACUCCCCAAAGAGAAUUAAGGUGUACCUUUAAGGGAGUUAUGUAUGUGGCAAGUCAGGUCUCACCGAGAACAGUAAGAGAUACCCUUUUUGGUUCUAAGAGUGUAGCUAGAACUUGUUGUUUUAAAACAUUUAGUACUACUGCACUUCACAAAUUGUAUAUCUGGUAAAGUACUUAGAGCACUGUUUCACAUUUCUGGUAUGUCGAGUAUGCGUACUGAGUUCAACCGUAGAAAAAAUAGCAGUACUCGUUUAUAACUGUCAUCGUGAUUUGAUAAAGUGAUGUCACAGAACAUUUUAUUUUUGUGGGAACUGCUGCGGAAGGCGAACUUAAACGCCUAAGCAGGCGAACUUUAUUAUACGGAACACGAAAGCUGCGCUGAAUUACUUGUCUGCGUUAACUAUUUGUCUGGUGUUAUUUAGCAAAAUGCAGCAGUGGUUGUUUUUUCAUACAAUUGCGAUUGAGAAUUUUUACGUGUCAUCGACUUUUGGGUGUUAUAAAAGAUGGACAGCUAAAUAAUAAACGGUUUGGCU